GCGACUUUGAAGCGCGAGUUCGGGCGGCGCGUUUCGCGACUUUGAAGCGCGAGUUCUGGCCGGAUUCCUCUCUCCCUCUCGCGCGAUUGAGGACAUCAACUGCUAAACCCUAGUAUCCUUCCGAUGACAGGGGGCAAACGCAAGGGUAAGAAGAAGAAGAAGGGCGCUUCCUCCUCUGGAUCAAGUCAAGCCGAGCCUCAAGCCAUCGAACCCGAACCGCCAGUCAUGGAGCAGUUGGGGGAGGAGGAAAUGAUGUAUCGAUGCUAUCAAGCCAAGUCCAAUUUCUAUUGUGGCAAUGACGCGGUUGAGAGCUCGGCAGCCCGAAAGGAUUUGGAAGCCUUGUCCCAAAACAAUCCAAACUCCCCUCUGCCGUGCCAUAUGCUCUCCGAAAUUUUGGUUGAAAGUGCUGAAAAGCACAAAAGCAGGGGAGAAUUCUUACUUCAACAGGCUCUACAAUGGGCUCAAUCUGCGUUGGAUCGGACGCGCACCCGUCAGGUAAAUUUCUCUGUUCAGCAUGCACAUGCACGCUCCAAGUUGGCCAUGGUUAUACGCUUAGACGACCCUAAUAAAGAGCAAUAUUUGGAGGAUGCUAUGGGGGAGGGCGAGGAUGUCCUCAAUUUUGCCCGUCAAUCCCUACAAAACGAUAAUCCACUCAUUACAUGUCUCAUUGGCGAUUCCAUCGCUUGUUUGCGAAUGCUUACAAAGGUAGAGAAAAAGAAACAGGAAGUGUCAGAUGCAUUAGAUGCAUUAGAUGCAUUGGAUGCAUUAGAGAGACUACAUGCAUUAGAGUCUAUAAGAGGUAAGGACCUAGCAAUGGUAGAGGAGGAAGUGGUAGAGGAGAAAGUGGAGGAGGAAGUUGUGAAGGAAUUGAAGGAAUCUAUGGUAUUUGAGGUAGACACACCGGUGGUAGAGGAGUGGCGGUUUGCGGUUGUCAUGAAAUAUAAAUUAACAAAAAAAUGGAAGCAUUAUUGGAUGGGUUCGACUAGUUUCGGAGAAGAAUAUGAAGAGCAGAGGAGUAGAUUAAUCAGCGUACUUCGUUUCGACACUGUCCUAGAAUCGAAGGAGGCCUUUGAUAACUUGAAUAAGUUUAAGUAUGAUAAGAUUGUUGAUUGUUACCAUUUUAGUGGUCGAGAGGUUAUGCUAGAGCUUGUUCAAUCAGAUGUUGAAUCAUGGGUUGACGCUGAAUACAAGUGUUCCUCGGGCGGUAGCGGUGCUUGGUGGGCUCAAAUAGAGGGCAGUUUCAGGAAGAUAUUCAGGGAUAUACUCCUUGCACUCCAAUUCCUCUUUGGGAAUGGAGCAUAUUGCGGGGAUUUAGCCAACAGUAUUGCAGUUAAUGGAAACUCAGCAAAGCUAACUCAAGUCAAAGUGGCUCGUCAAGGAGGUUUACGAGAUAGAAUAUGGGAAGACAUUGAUGACUUAAGGCAUCUAAUGGUAACCGUCCUUUUAAGGUGUUACGGAAAUGAUCCUUUUAACUUGAUUAAGGAUAUUCAUAAGAAUUCUAUUCUGGAUUCUAUUCUAGAGGAAGGGGGAGUUCCAUAUGCCUUAAGGCUCUUUGUAUGGAAUCUCAAUCAACCUAGUGUUCGGGCUAAAUGGGACAUACUAUGGCUUUUAGACGAGGCCUUCUUCUGGAGAGACGUGGAGAGAUACAGUUUUAUUAGAAAAAUGAAUGACCACAAGAGAGAGUUUGAAGCUGUACCGUUCAAAAUGGCUAUGGAGAACCUAUUGGGCGAAAGAGAUCUCACGAUCUUCUUUCCCCGAGGUAGUACAGAAGAUAAGGUCUAUGAAUUUGGAUUAGAACAACAAUUGCGGACAAAGAAGGAGAAGGAGAGGGCUGGUCAUACUACAUAUGUCAUAUUGUACGAGGAUAACAUAUUUCUCGGAGUAAUAUCCUACUCCAAGAAUCUUGUUGGUCACUAUAAUGACCACCAUCCUCGAGUGCAUUUGUCCACGUAUGAUAUUGUAGCCUUGGCUGAUAGGCUUUUUCAUGGAGGCUGUUCAAUGAUUCGGAAUGCGAUAGCGAAUGUGGUGUUUAAAAAGCAACAGAGGAGAUACCUUAGCUUUUAUCUGAGCAAGGUACCGUACUAGACACCACAAAAAGGCCUAGCCUCAAUCACUGUAACUAUAAAAAGAGUUCUUCCCAUCUUACUAGAAAGGUAGAGGUUAAGAAGUUUUUUGUUUUUUGGGACUUGUGGAGAUGGGGGAGACUCCAAGAUGUUAUCAAAGAAAAUGUGGGCAAUCAAGCUGCGGGAGACUCCAAGAUGUUACAGAAGAGAGAGAGAGAGACACCCGAUACUCCUAAAAACUUGAUAGAACUAGUUUAUAUUUAGCAUGUAUGGUCUGGGUACUGUUUCUGAAAGCUAGCACUACUUAUGAACUUUUGCUUGGCUGUGAUAUUCUUGGCUGUUAUUUGAGUACCUGUGCUUUUCAUGCUGGUCA